AUGGACACCAAACUAGUCUUUUACGACAUUGCAAUGCGACCCCCAGUCGAAAAGAACAAUAGCGCCGUAAACCCUUGGAAAACCCGUCUAGCCCUGAACUUCAAAUCAGUCCCCUACUCUACCAAUUGGGUCCCACUCCCCGACGUAUCCAAGGUUCGAACAAGCCUGAACAUCCCCGCAUGCCGCAAAUUUGCCGACGGCACCGACUUCCACACUCUUCCCGUCCUAGUGGACCCCACAACAUCCCGCAAACUCGGCGACUCCUUCGACAUAGCAGUCUACCUGCAAAAGCAAUACCCAGCCGGGAACGAUCUCUUCCCGACCCAGUCCCUGGACUAUAUCUUCAGCCCGGAUGCCGCAAUUUUAAUCCCGUUGUCUGAAUGCGACCAGAGUGAAUACCCCCAAUAUGCGCGCUUCAAUAUGAAUAUCGAUGCUGCAUUCACCACGCACGUCGCACUCAUGGUCCAAGGGUUACCUUUUGAUCCCGCAACUGCUCAGGUGACGAAGGCUGAGUUUGUUCGGCGGGCUGGGGUGAGUUACUGGGAGGAUUUUGCUGUUACAGGCGAACAGCGCGAGAAGCUUAUUGCCUCCUUUCGGGAUAUGUUGGGAAGGCUGGCUAAGAUUUUUGAUGGGAAUGGGCCAUUUUUACUUGGGGAUCGGGCUAAUUAUGCAGACUUAAUUGUUGGAGCUUGGUUGAGGAUGGCGAGCAAGACUUUGCCUGGCGAGGAGUGGGAGUUAGUUAGAGGGUGGCAUGGGGGUGUUUUUGGAAGGUUGCAUGAUGCGUUGGAGAUUUAUGCGGUUGUUCAUUAG